AUGAAAUCAGUGUUUUUCAGCCGCUUCUUCAUCCUGCUGCCCUGGGUCCUUAUUGUCAUCAUUAUGAUCGAUAUCGACAGUAAAAGGACGAUCCGGGUUCCGGCCAUCGGUCGGACCAACAGGGCGCAGCGGGCGGCCCGUACCGGCGCACCGGGAGCAGGUGGCACCCAGAACCAGUCCGCCCUGCCGGUUAUCUACGCCAUCACUCCCACUUACACCCGUCCGGUGCAGAAGGCAGAGCUGACCCGGCUGGCCCACGUCUUCCGCCAGGUGCCCCGGCUCCAUUGGAUCGUAGUGGAGGACUCCACUGUGCGCACGGAGCUGGUGGCGCGCUUCCUGGCCCGGUGCGGUGUGCCAUACACGCACCUGCAUGUGUUCACACCCCGCAGGUUCAAGCGCGCCGGGAUGCCACGCGCCACCGAACAGAGGAAUGCGGCUCUCGCGUGGCUCCGGCAGCACCGGAGCAAACGGGACGCAGGGGUGGUUUUCUUCGCGGAUGACGACAAUACGUACAGCCUGGAGCUGUUUGAAGAGAUGCGGAGUACUCGAGGUGUGUCCGUGUGGCCUGUUGGGUUUGUGGGUGGCAGAGCGUAUGAGCGCCCUCUGGUGUCAGGGGGAAAAGUCGUGGGCUGGUACACCGGCUGGAGACCGGACCGCCCCUUUGCCACAGAUAUGGCAGGUUUUGCCGUGAACCUCCAGGUGAUCCUUGCCAACCCACGGGCGCAGUUCAAGCGGCGAGGCUCCCAGCCGGGGAUGCAGGAGUCUGACUUUCUCAAGCAGAUCACCAAAGUCACCGAGUUAGAGCCCAAGGCCAACAACUGCACCCGGGUGCUGGUUUGGCACACUCGCACAGAGAAACCACACCUCGCAAAUGAGCCUAAACAUCGGAAGGACACUGUAGUCAUCGAGGUUUGA